AUCGCCAUGGCUUCGAUUUGUUGGCGGUCUUUCAGUUCAGCAGACUGGUAGCCACUCGAGAAUUGGAGAGUAAGUAAAAGCAGAAAUGCCUUUAGCACCUUCAAUUCCUCGUCUUCAUUCGCCAUUUCUUUGCUGUCCGCUUAAAACAUCUACUUUAACUGCAUCCUGCAAGUCUUUAAGAAAUCAGCGCUCAUCAUCAUCUUAUCCAUGCAUCAGAGCUAUUGAUCUUGAUCAGAACACGGUAGUGGCAAUAUCUGUUGGAGUUGUGAGCAUUGCUAUUGGAAUAGGCAUUCCAGUCUUCUACGAAACCCAAAUCGAUAAUGCUGCAAAGCGAGAAAAUACUCAGCCAUGCUUCCCUUGCAAUGGCUCCGGUGCUCAGAGAUGCAGAUUUUGUACGGGGACUGGCUCAGUGACAGUAGAGCUUGGUGGUGAAGAGAAAGAAGUCUCCAGGUGCAUCAAUUGUGAUGGUGCGGGUUCUUUGACAUGCACGACAUGUCAAGGCACUGGAAUACAACCGCGGUAUCUUGAUCGCAGAGAAUUCAAAGAUGAUGAUUGAAGCUGUUCAGACGUAGAAGCAAUGGUUUUGCAUUCAAUCCAAGGGAAAUUCAAUUCUCUAAUGGGAACUAGAAGAGAUCAGCACCUUUUUCCUAUUCCAUCUUUCUAAUGUUAUAACAUUUGAAUUACUCACAUAUAGCUUUCAUAUUUUCUAUUGAUACGUAAUGUGGUUGUCAGAUAACAUGAUUGGGUGGCAUUUGACCUUUCCUUGUACUGUAAGCAAUUUUUUUGUUUUACCACUUAUUUUGCAAAAUAUAUACGGAUAUGUUGAGUGAA